AUGUUCAAGUACCUCAAGAACAUAGUUCUCAGGUACUUCGGCCCGGAGAGCCUUAAGGAGUCCAUCCUUGGCGACGUCGAGCGCGCCGUCUGCAGCUCGCUCUGCACCUGGUCCACCCUGCCGGCCGUCGAGCUCAAAGAAGCCGUCUCCACCAUGGUGUUUGAACUUUCCGCGAGCAAGCUGCUGGGCCUGGAGCCGUCGAGGUCCAAGGUUCUACGGAAGAGCUUCUUCGACUUCGUCAGAGGGCUCAUCUCCUUCCCGCUCUACUUGCCAGGAACAGCCUACUACGCAUGCAUGCAGGGACGGAUGAGUGUAAUGGAGGUGCUGCAGCAGGUGCUGGAGGAGAGGACGAGAUCGGCUGAGGCGGCCGGAGGACGGGAAGCACGGUGCCACGGCGACUUCCUGGACUACGUCGUGCAGGAGAUCACCAAGGAGAAGCCUGUCCUGACGGAGGGAAUGGCGCUGGACCUCCUGUUUGUGCUCCUCUUCGCCAGCUUCCACACGACGUCGCUGGCCAUCACCCUGGCCGUCAAGCUCCUCACCGAGCACCCUCGCGUCCUGGAGGAGCUCACGGUGGAGCAUGAAACGAUUCUGAACGAGCGUGAGGCAGGCGGCGAGUCUGAUGGCGACAGAGUUACAUGGAAAGAGUACAAAUCCAUGACAUUCACAUCCCAGGUGAUAAACGAGACGGUCCGACUGGCCAACAUUGCGCCUGGCAUCUUCAGAAAGACACUGAAAGAUGUACAGUUCAGAGGAUACACAAUUCCAGCUGGAUGGGGAGUGAUGGUCUGCCCUCUCGCGGUGCACCUUAAUCCAGAUAUUUACCCUGACCCCCUCACCUUCAAUCCUUCAAGGUUCAAGGAUAAACUAGAGGCAAACCGUGGGUUAAGACACUUCAUGGCUUUCGGAGGAGGUCUCCGGUCCUGUGUUGGGGCAGACUUCAGCAAGCUACAAAUGGCCAUUUUCCUUCACUUUCUUGUCACCAAAUAUAGGUGGAUACAACUAGGUGGAGGCAAGAUAGUCCGGUGUCCAGGGCUGGAAUUUCCUGAUGGUUACCUCAUUCAGAUCAGAUAG